GUGAACUUCUCAGAAAAUGUGGCUCUCGUUUCGGGGAAAGUGAAAAUUGGUUAAAGCAAGCGUUUUUAUUUAGUAUACUUUAAAUUUGGAAGGUUCUCGAUCCACUUGGUCUGAGUCAAGUGAAGGAAGGGCUUAUUUUUAAAAAGUAAGUGUUAGUUUUAAGCUUUUGUAUUGAACAGCCUAUUGUCUCAGAAACCAAUAACCUCUAAACUGUGUAAUUCAAUUUUAUAUCAGCGAUUGAUCGAAUCCUUCUAAACUAGGAACUUUGUAAUAGAAGGCACUGUCUUGGAAAACACUUUUUUCAAAACUAGGCUGAAUGAGAAUGAGUAUAAGGAUUGCAGUAAUUUAUGAAUUCAGCAUACUUCUGGGACUGACUAACAUCAUUCUUACUACAAAAAAAAUUCAGCAGAAUACUCUGUCAAUGUUUAAUCUCAGCUGGGAAACAAGACACUGAUUAAAAAAAGUAUACUAAAUAGAGUAAUAUGAUUGGCGGUAUAUAUGGUGCGCCUCAUUUUUCGACAAAACCACUCAUAUAUACGUACAGUACAUAAUAUAUUCAGGAUGCAUUGGAAUAGAUCCAUUUAAUAGUUUUAUUCAAAAAGUCAUAUCCAAAGGGAAGUUACAAGCUUUCCCCCAUGUUAAAACUCCUUAAAAUAAUAAAUACCAUCUUCCCUUAACCUUUUAAGCCCAAGGAGUGAUCAGCCCGGGGGGGGGGGGUACUCCGGAUUUCAAGUGACAGGGAUGAUCGAAGGAUUUUGGGGGGUUUGAAAUUUUGGAUUUCGGGAUUUUUGGGGUAGGAAACUUUUGGCAAGUAAUUUUUUGGGUAGCUUGAUUUAAGAAGGCAUUUUUGGGGGUGUUAUAUCAUUUAUUCCUCUCUGGAAAUUUUUAUGGCCCGAAAAUUCGGCAUGGGAUUUUUAGGGCGUUAAAUUUUGUUCCUGGUAUUUUUGGGGGUUUUAUUUGAAGCCCAAGGGAUUUUUGGGGGUGUUCAUUUUUGCCCCCAUUGGAACAUCCCUGUCACUUGAAAUCCGGAAUACCCCACCCGCCACCCCCCUGGGGUGAUCAGCAUGAAAUUUCUCCUCGCAACAUCAAUGCUUUGAAAAACGGAGUUGUCAUGAGAAUUGAGUACAUGAUCAGGAAAGAUGAGUCUAAUUGAUAUUUCAGCAAAAAUCCCCAUUACUUCUAUUGAAAAAGUAUAGGGACAGUAAAUGAGAAUCUCAAUUUUGAUAUAAGGGUUUCAAGGGUCAAGAGCUCCAUGUACAGCCUGAUUCUCAGACGUCCGAGGUCGUUCGCGAUCCCUUUCGCUUCCUCCCUCUCCCAUCUGAUAUACUCUGUGCGAAGUCGUGUUCAUGACGUCAGAGCACCCUUUAGUAUAUGAAAAGCCAAUCACAACGUGCGUAAGAAAUGAAGCAUGGAAAAGUAAACAAACCAGUUUUGCACGGCUCAAUCGAAACCUUACACAUCGUCCACAUCGCCAUUUUGAUUUGACUCAAUGUGUGGGAAAUUACAUUCCAUACAUUCCACACUUCUCAAAAUAUGGUACACGCGCUCUGAUUGGUGAAAAUUGACGAUGGCUCUGACGUCAUGAACAGGACUUCGCACAGAGUAUAUCAGACGGGAGAGGGAGGGAAGCGAAAGGGACCGCGAAAGAACCUCGGGACAUCUGAGAAUCAGGCCACCCCAUGUAAGGUAAUCCAAGACAGUCUUGGAUCCUGGAUUCCAUGAAUUGGAUUUCGGAUUCCUUGUCAGUGGAAUUUAAAUUCCAGAUUCCAAUCGUUACCGGUAAUUCCGGAUUCCGAAGCCCUGGUCCUGAAUUUACAAGCAAAAAAUUCUAGGAUUCGGGAUCGCAAAACAGUAUUUCCUGGAUUCCGGAGUUCGACUUCCGUUAAAUGAGGCCAUCUGUCUCUUUCCUUUCAGGAACUUUUAAAACAUGACGACCGAGGCUUUAAGCACGAGUUCCAUCCAACUGAGUACCACCAGCAGCUCUCCAUCCUUCAGAUGGCAGUCAGUAUAUAUGGCUUAUGGGGUUAUCAUGUUUUUCGUUUUGAUCAUCGGUUUUUUCGGCAACGUGUUCACUAUUCUUGUCCUUCGACAACGAGAGCACCGUAUGAAGAGUAUCACGCCACUUAUGGUGAAUUUAGCCCUCGCAGAUCUGUUCAUUAUCGUGUUUGGCUACCCAGCGAUCAUCGUAAGCAACCUAAACGGUGAUUUGUUAUUCCCCGAGAGCCCAUUGUGUGUUUGGUCUGGUUUUGCUAACGGUUUCUCGGGUAUGACCUGCAUCGCCACCUUAACGGUUAUGAGUGGAGUAGUGUACCAAACUGUCAAACGCAACUUCCCACCGGCACACAAUGUUGUCCCCAAGAGACAGAUCACUCUUCUCAUUGCCUCCACUUGGCUUUAUGGAUUCAUUGUCAUGCUCCCGCCUUUGGUUGGAUGGAACCGGUUUGUACCCGGUCAAGCCGGUUUUAGUUGCGCACCCGAGUGGACGGCACCAAACGUCGCCAGUAAAGCAUACAUCUCGGUGUUGAUAGUAGUAGGCUUCCUUACCCCGCUGGUGAUUAUUGCUGUGUAUUACACCUUGACUUUCAGGUAGGCAUGAAACCCGGGUUGUGUACUCCGAUAAAUUUCGGACGGGUAUGUGCCGCCCGGGGCUUAAAACCCUGUCCCUAUUUAAGGAUAAGAGAAAAGAAAGUUGAUACCCGAAAAACUCCCUGUUCAAUGGGAAACCGAACACUAAUAAUUUAAUGGCAACACACAUCGCUUUCCUAACGCGCCAAGGGACAGAUAAGUUUUAACAGUUAAUUUGUUUGAAUUUCACUUGAAUUUCAGCUGAAACAAUUUAGGUACCCUUUCUAAGGAUCACACCGGGAACACGGAGCCAACAAGGGCAAAAAUGAUACGGAAAUUAUGGAUCGAGACUCUCAAAAACCAUACCCUACUGGGCGGCACAUACCUUUCUAGCCAUUAUAAGGGAUUACCCCCCCGGGGGGGGGGAGAAUAACAGGGAGCUUAAGUAAAGGAGUUUUUUAGCGACGCAAGUUAACUGGAAGCGGACUUUUCACAUUCUUGGGCGGUGGUUUUGCCAAAAACUUCGUUUAAAUAGUUUCCAUGAGAGUAAAGAGACACUUAACGGUUCAAAACUAAUAGUGUCUCGCCAGACUGUUGGUCGGCGAGGAAUCGAACCGAGAUUAAAUGAAUCACCCGGUCGAAUUUGGGCACCCAACCAAUAGCUCUACCCACUCCCACUAGUAUAUGUUAUAUUGCUUUGUUUUCUUUUGUUGGCUACUUUUUGGGGUCUUCCGGUGUGACACAGAAUUUUGCUUAAAUGGCUUAAUUUUAAUAGUAAGGCUCUUAAGAGAAAUGGAUUUUUCCUUCCUCUACACCGUACGUAUACAACCUGACCUCAUUAUGCCUUUUAGCCAAGAGAUGAUAAGAGUAAGGAGAGUAAAUCCCCAUAUUAGCCCUUUUCCACAGAUUAUCGCUGGUAAGUUAUUUUUAGUUACUACCAUUACAUAUCUUUUGAUCUGUAACCCUAACCAAUAAUCAUGAACAGAGUAAGAAUUGUCAAGUUUUCUAAAUAUUAUGUUUUUAGUUUUUCGAUUUUUCAAGUUUUUGAGUGCUAAAUUGUGGUUGUAUUAACAUAAUAAGGGUAAUUUAAAACUGAAAGAAAAAACAAUGAAAAUGUGGGUAUUCACUCAAAAGAUUCAACGUUUCAAAUUUGGAAUUUCCCGCCUUGCUGUUACUAAAAAUAACUUGAGUGGUCGAUCAUUUUCUCCCUUCCCUUAAUCCUCUCUUGGUUUUUCCUCUUGCGGCGUAUUUAACCUGACAUAUUUUUGUUCUUUCUUUUUUUAAUCCGUAAAAGAACACUCAAACGCAGACCAAUGACCGGAAAUGCUUUCCUUCAAGCCCAACGCAGAAAAUACCAGAACAAAUCCAUUCUGAUGACAGCGGUCACGAUCGGUGCCUUCCUGCUAAGUUGGUCGCCUUACGCUUUUGUUAGCCUCACAGCGACGGUCAAAGGCCAUCAGGUGAUGACAUCCGGGGAAUCAGAAAUCCCAGAGCUUAUGGCCAAGGCCUCUGUGAUCUAUAAUCCUAUCAUUUACACAUUUAUCAAUGACAAGUUUCGCCACACUCUCUGGGGAAUUUUGAGUGGAAACCGGGGGAUUAUUCUCCCACGAGGUCGGUCAGGUAGCGAGGAACCGACUGAACACGGGUCAGUAAAUGCAGUACACGUGUCAUCACGUGACCAAUAA